AUGGACUACGGAUCUGCUCAAGCUAAAGAUUUCUCUUAUUCAUUUUGCCUAACAAAAGACUUGGAACUACCCCUCACUGUGCGAAUCUCGAGUCUUGAAGGCAUUCGUGAAAAGAAAUCUUUUACCACUGUACUUAGUGAUCCUUCUCUCAAAUUUACUGGUGUGCAAACAAGCAACUUUUCUGAUUUAUAUGUGAGCAUUCAACUAUACGGUGACAACAAGCCGCUUACUGUCCCAAUUAGGACUUCAUACAAAUCAUUCAAGAAUAAUUGGAUUUGGAACGAAUGGCUCACAAUUCCUGUGAAGUAUCGUGAUCUUCCUGUUACUUCUCAAUUGGCAUUAACAGUUUGGGAUGUUUACGGUCCGCGCAAGGUAGUUCCAGUGGGUGGCACCACUUUUCGCCUUUUUGGAAAGCACAAAGAAAUAACUGAUGUAUCCCAUGUUAGUACUUUGCGAAAAGGCAAGCAUAAAUUGUAUCUUUGGCCAGAUGUAGAAGCUGAUGGCUGUGUGCGAACGACAACACCCAGUAAGGUUGGUGACAAAACUGAAAUGGAUCGAUUGGAAAAGUUGGUCAAGAGAUAUGAAAGGAAUGAUAUGACGAAGUUGGAAUGGCUUGAUAAUCUUGCAUUCCGUCAAAUUGAGAAAGUGCAUAAGCAAGAAUCAUCAAAAUCAAAAAAUUUAUAUUUAUAUAUCGAUUUGCCAAAAUUUGACUUUCCAGUAGUAUUUAGUGAACCUGAUUAUCCACUGCCAAGCAUCACACAGCCACCAGUGGUAAACAAUGGUCAUGUGCAGAUUAAUACAGUCACAACUUCGAGUGACCCGAACAUAAUUCUCAUUGUUGAUCCAGAAAUUACACGUGAAAAUCCAGUAGAAGCAAAACAUAGACGUUUGGUGAGAAGUCAUCGUAAUGGGCCAUUUGAUCGUGAUAUGAAACCGAAUGCCAAAAUUCGAGAUGAAUUAAAUGGAAUAUUGAAAUAUCCUCCGACACAACCCCUUACUUCGGAAGAAAAAGACCUGCUCUGGAAAUUCAGAUUUUAUCUUACUCGUGAGAAAAAAGCGCUCACUAAGUUUUUAAAGUGCGUUGUCUGGACUGACCCGACUGAGGUGAAACAGGCUGUUGAAUUAUUACCUCAAUGGGCUGAUAUAGACUUGGAUGAUGCUCUUGAAUUAUUGGGGGCUAAUUUUGAGAAUCGGGCUGUUCGUGGAUACGCCGUCAGUCAAUUGAAAAAAGCAGAUGACGAGGAACUGUUAUUAUAUUUGUUGCAACUUGUUCAAGCUUUAAAAUUUGAAAAUAUUAGUGAUAAAUCUAGCGCAUCACAUGAAUCUAGCUUGGCGGAGUUCUUGAUUGAAAGGGCAAUUAAAAAUCCCAUUUUAGGAAAUAACUUUUAUUGGUAUCUUAUGGUUGAAUGUGAGGAUAAAGUAGUUGGCAAAAUGUAUGGCAAAAUUUCUUUUCAGUUCAUGAAAGCCAUGAAGGAGAUCCCAACAGGUCUCGAUCGACGAGAUAUACUUCGUCGGCAAGGAGAGUUGGUUGUUGCACUUUCGUCUAUAUCUAAAGAAAUUCGCAUGAUGAAAGAAGCUAGGCCUAAAAAAAUUGAAAGACUUAGGGCUAUAAUAUCAGAUCCUAAAAAUGGAUUAUUGCAAUUUCCACCUUUGCCUUUGCCACUUGAUGCUCGUGUAGAGGUUACUGGUAUAAAUCCAGAAAAAGCCACGGUAUUUAAGAGCAAUUUGUUCCCAUUAAGACUGACUUUUACACUAGUUGAUGGUGGAGAGUAUCCGGUUAUAUUUAAAACUGGUGAUGAUCUUCGUCAAGAUCAACUCGUCAUCCAAAUUAUUACGCUUAUGGAUAGGCUUUUGAGAAAAGAAAAUUUAGAUCUCAAAUUGACACCCUAUAAAGUUCUGCCCACUGGUUCAGAUCAUGGUGUUAUGCAAUUUAUCACAUCAUCAUCAUUAGCAAAUGUUUUGAGUGAAUACAAUGGUAGUUUGUUACAAUUCUUGAAAGCGCAUCAUCCCGAAGAGAAGGCAGUGGGAACAUAUGGUGUUAGUCCCGCUGUAAUGGAUACUUAUGUGAAAACUGGAUAUUGUGUUAUUACAUAUUUGCUUGGAGUUGGGGACCGUCACCUCGACAAUUUGUUACUUUCUCCUGACGAUUUUGGAUUUAUCUUGGGUCGAGAUCCCAAACCAUUUCCACCACCCAUGAAACUAUGUAAAGAAAUGGUGGAAGCAAUGGGGGGCGCAAAUUCAAUUCAUUAUCAGAGAUUUAAAAGCUAUUGUUAUAUAGCAUUUAAUAUUUUACGCAAAAGCGCAAAUCUAAUUCUUAAUUUGUUAGCGUUAAUGGUUGACGCAAAUAUAACUGACAUUAAAAUUGAACCCGAUAAAGCAGUUUGGAAAGUCCAAGAGAAGUUUCGAUUAGAUUUGACAGAAGAAGAGGCUAUUAAAUAUUUCCAAAAUCUAAUUAAUGAUUCAAGCUGUUACCCAGGUCAGGUUGACCCUUAUGGGUCAGAAAUUGUCACAGAUUAUGCGAGUCACAAGUCAAAAUCAGGUUGA